CACACACACACACACACACACACACACACAGACACACACCCAGCCACAUGCACAAACACAUACAGACACAUUUUCACUUAGUGGUUGGUCUGCCACAACAAGUAUCGGAUCCGACUGCAUCUGACUGAACUGUGGACUUCACACAUAACUGUAACUGACACUAAAAGGAGCAUUUAGGCAUGUAGCACUUAAUUAAAAAGUGCAUUGACAUUGUGAGGGACUACAGUUGUCAUAGUGGUUGCAUCACUGGACUGGACAUCAGGCCAACUCUAUGUGACCUUGAGUCACUUGGUUUCCUAGUCUGGAGAGAGGGAAAUGCACACUGGACUAUGGAGGUUCAGUUUGACUGAAACAAAGUUUGCAAGGAAGUGAAUGAAAAGUCACCACACACUUUAGCUCCUAUGCAAAUAGCUUCUGUAAAAAAAAGACCAGUCUGUCUACAAUAGAUUGCCACUCUCAUUAUCAUCCAGGAGUUGUAUAUCAUCAUGUAUAGGCAGGUCUGGAGAGUGCGGUGGCAUUGGCAGCGACACAUGGCUGUCCAUUUGUGAAGGGCAUUCUGCCUGAAAAGCAACCGUUUCACUUUAGAUUGAUCGAAGGCUGAAUGUAAAAAAGAGAUGACAGAAUUCUGUUUCCUCUAUCAGAUUAAUUGCUCUUUUCAAGAUACUGCCAAAUCCUCUCUUGUAAUUUUCAAGUGGCUGCAAAUACUGCAUAGUACAAUACUGUGAAUUUUAUUUUCUUAAAAAAUUGAAAAGGAACAAUUGUGAUAGCUGGCUGAGAACAGAUAAUAGUCAAUUAUUCUUUUAGACUGAAACAUUAACAUCUUGACUCGGAGGUCCACAUGUCUUCUGAUGUUGAGCACUUCCCAUGUACACUUUAAAAGGGAAUUAGAAUGUAAAACAGAAAACUACCCUAGAUGUAUUACAUUACGUUAUGUGUUUUAUGUCUUUAAAGGUGUCCUGGCACUCUUCCUAAUCUUGUAAGUGAUGUACAACUGCAUUAUAAGUGCAACCUUAUUCAACCACAUUCAAAAUGAAAGAGGAUCGCCAGUCAUGAAAACAAUGGUUCAUAAGAAAUACCGGAGUAGGGAGGGGUAAUUUCGAGAAAUUAUCAAGGUACUGAAAUUGUGAUUAAUCAGGUUAUUGAAGAGUCUAGUGAGUUUUCAUUCCUUAGCAGAUGUCAUGAUAUCGUCUUAAGCAUUUUGUUGUCAUGUAUUUCAUCAAUGUAUCAAUCGUGUAUUUUAAGGAAAUUAAAGUCUUGACGACGUUUUUAUACUUUCAGCCGAAUGUAUAAUAUACGUGCCUUGUGCACUUUAUCAUGUUUUGUUUUAAUUAUGCUUGAUUUCAGCUUUUGGGCUUAAGUAGUAUUGCUUUAUCACAGCAAUAAAUAGUUGAUAUUUUCUACACCGCUAUGUAGCUCAUUCUCUUAUAAUAUGGGGAUGAUGUUGGGAUUGUAUUUCGGAUUGAUCCAUGACACUAACGCGAUCUACUGAAAUCUGAGUGAAGCGAUGCUCAGCGUGGAGAUACAGUAUGCGCUAUGACGCAUGAGCUGUCGGUCUCCAGCAACAUUUAGUGCGGUUUUGAGAGCCAGAGACGACCUACAUCUCUUGCCGGGAUGGUUCCGAUGGAUAUAACGGUGCCUUUGGAUCAUGGAGACAGACAUCUCUACAUUAUCUACACUACCCAUGUCCCUGAGUAUUCAGGGCCAUAUGGCCACAGUCCUGGGCUCAAUGGUGUGAACUAACACUUCCCCGUUCCCAUUCACGGACUUGACAGAUUUUAACUGGUGCAGAGAGAUGAUGAACAGUUCUGCCAGCCUAUCAGGGGAGACUCUGUUCCUGCGUCAGGCUGCUCUGUUGCUUGAGCACCCGCCUCCUGCAUGGAAGCUGUGCAGCGCUGUGCAGCGACCUACCCGGCCGUGCUCCCUCAACCUCACAUACACCAUCUCAGUGCCUGCACCAGCGCAGCAGGACCCAUUCAGGGAGGUUGUGAGCUCUUUAGCAGAGUCAGAGAAGGAAGAUGGAGGAGAUGUAGAGGAGAAGGCUCAGCCUGACCAAAUGCAAGCCUGCUCCUUGUCAGCUCCUAAUCUCAGUGGCGGAAGUUCCCCAUCAGACUUCACCGUGAGCAAGGAGAAGCCGUUUGGUGAUAGGGGUACGCCACGAUGGGUCAACCCCUUCAUCCCAGAGCAAGAGAGGAGGAACAAGGUGGGUGAGGAUGAGGAGGAAGAGGAUGAUUUGGACGGCGAUAACCUGCACAAGUACCAGGAGGACUUUUCCUUCCAGCUCCAUGGAGACACCAGGGACGGGGAUGGGGACGAGGCUCUGCCGUGUCCUGCAGAAGUGGUCCAACACCAUGGUGCUGAGAAUGCGGGUACGCGCAGAACCAAGUGGAGCCAGGAGAGGGGUGUGUCGAAAGAGCUGGAGAACCUCAGUCAGCAGGGUGUCGAGGUCCGGCCUCGUUGUGAUUCUAGAAGCAUCCCGAUGAUUGUGGACUGUGGGGAUGCGGACUGGGGUGAAUCAGGAGACAGCGAUGGUGGAGUCCUCACGGGGAAGUCCUCCCAAAUGUCUGCCAAUUGUCCCUGUGCUCUCAGUAAACCGCACAAGGAAUCUGAAAGCUUAGUGGACAACGUCAGCGACUCCUCCAGUUCGGACGGAGUCCUCGUUAACUUCAGCACUAUCUACAACAAAAGCAACAACGCAGUAGAAGCCAUUCCAUUUGAUGUGGAAAGCCGAAUAGAUCCCUCACACGGAACGAGCUCCUUACCACAAGACGGGUCCAACCCAACACCCUGCUGGCCACCACAGGGCAUCGACCCCAACUGCAACUACCAGCUGGACUCUGAGGGUGUCCCGUCUCCGGUGGCCUCGGACGUGACCCUCUGUCUCCAUGCUCAGACUCGACUGGCCGUUUCCACCCAGAACUACUACAAGCUGGUGACCUGUGACCUCUCGUCGCAGUCGUCCCCCAGCCCGGCCUGGUCCUCGGUGACCAGCUGCUCAGAGGGCCAGGGCAGCCCCACUCCGCCCGCUGAGUACUUCCUCUUCAGGAGAGAUGGUGAGGAGGGGAGGAUGGAGGCCCAGCCAGAGGAGGAGGGAGAAGAAAAGCCAGUGGAGGACAUCACCAAAGGAAGCACAGAGGACCCAUUUAGGAAGGAGAUCAGGGGAAAGACUUUUCUCACUCGCAGCUGUGACACCACCACCACUAAGCGCCUCCUCUCACCUGCACAGCAAACCCUGCCACGCGUGCCAAGCUGCCCCGGCCACCUCACAGCCCAUGGCACCAGGCAGCAUGUGACCAGCUUCGCAGAGAUCGCCUACUGCAAGAGGGGGACAAGAGACACGUCCUCCCUGAGGACCACUCCUGAAGAUCACCAGUCACCCUCUGGGUCUCAGGUCCCCCAACGGCUCUCCAUGGUUACAGAUACAGAAUAUGAGGGACAACAUGUUGGUUCAGCAUCUACACCCUCUCUCCCUAAUCAGGACAACAAAAUACCUGUAAAUAUGGAUGAAGAAAGCCUUCCUUCAACCUCUACAAUGGAAGGGGCUUGUUCGUCGUCUCCAGGGGUGGUGCGUUUCAGUAAGGACCAGAGGCCCACUUCUCUGCCCAUCCAGCCUUUCGUCCUGCAGCUGCCUCCGGGGAAGCAGCAGAAGCCUUUGGGCUCCCUCCUCAACCAGUAUCUCAGCCACGGCAAGUCCGGCACCCACAGGGGCAAAGGCAAAGAGAACGGCAAGGUCGUGCCGACCUUCCUUCGCCCCUCGCCCCUGGGGGGCUACUCCUCGUUUCAGCUGGAAGCGGCCUCCAGUUCAGACACCUGCUCCACCUGCACCCCCAGCCCCGUCCCGUUCCCAAACCGCUCGGCCUUGGUCCUCUACCACCACACCACCAGCCCUCCUGACGUGCAGUGCCACCCUGACAAGAACCAGAGCUGCUCAAGCAACCCCUUCAGGCCAUAUAUGUUUCAGAGUAGCCCAGACGAGGCCCUUGACUGCCAAAGCAAACACAGUGAAGACUCCACGUCGCCUCCACCACAGACUUGUGCUAAACUGAGCCCGGAGGCUUCAAAUGGCAUCUGCAGCCCCAAGUGUGAUUCCAGUCUGCCCACUCGGCACACUCUGGAGCCAAGUCCUAAAAUGGUCGACCCCUUUCAACCCCUUUCAGCCCUGUCCUCAUACGGGGAUGAGUGUCAGGCGAUCGAGACCACGCCUGUCUGGGACAUCAGCCAUCGCGGCCCGAGCCCUGCAGUGACCUCUGUGACCUCUCUGAACACCCCGCCCUGCUUGGCCUUCUGUCCUGCAGAGAGACCCCAGGCUCAGUGCAGCCCCAGUGGAGCCCUCAGUGCUGCGGCCAUCUGCAGACCUGCCAUACCCAAGUGUUUCCAAGGGAAACGGCAUCAGCCUCAGUCUCAGCAUCAGCAAGGUGACUCAUUCUCCCUGACUGACAGGCCACCGGAAGAGUUCUGCCUCUCCCCUGACGCCUCCUCUGAGACGCUCUCCAUCGACCUGCUGCAGAAAAAAGCUCUGCUAAAAGCUGUGAGCUCAGCUGUGGAUUUGAUCGUCACAUAUUUUGAACACCCAAGUCGAGAUCCAGAUGAAAAGCUCCAGCUUGGAAACAGUACGCUGAACCCCACCAUUGCUCAACUGGUUCUAAACCAGCUGUGUCCAGCCAUCCGGAACAUUCUACAGGACGGUCUGCGGUCGUACAAGCUGGACCUGAUUGUGGGACAGCGCCGCAACCAGCCCUGGGACAUUGUUCUGGCUUCCACACAACCAGGCCCAACCACUCGAGUCCUGCACAGUCUGGUCUCUGUAGUGAGCAAGUGUUCCCAGCUAACCAAGCACAGCAUGAGGUUCAAUGCCUUCAUUAUGGGACUGCUCAAUUUACGGGCACUGGAGUUCUGGCUCAAUCACCUGUACACAUGUGUAGAUGUAUUGCGGCCACUUUACCACCACUGGGGUCUCGUUCCGCUGUUGCAGGGGCCAUAUCUCCCCCACCUCCACGAGCUCCUGCUCCACCUGGAGCCACUGGCUGCCUUGCCCUUUGACCUUCACCUCUUGUCAGAGGCCCGCCUCCUCAAGCGCACUUCCUCCCUGCUGGCCCAAUCAGCUUACUCUUCUCUUCAAAUGUCAGCCAUUUCAACCAAUCAAAACAAGGGAGGUGAACCCAGGAAAGAGCAGGCUGGGAGCGCUGACAGUAGAGUAAGAGGUAGUUCUAUUCACACUGCAUUACUAAGCCCGCAGACAUUCAUGCAGCACAUCUCUUCUGGGCCACAGUCCAACAAUUGGCUGAGUAAGAGUCGGCCUUAUAUCGGGCCACUAGGUGGCAGCACUGGGUCAGAUUCUGCUGUUGGAUGGUGGCUAAAGCAGCCAGCGGUGGUGGAAGGCGUGAUGACGCCCUCUGUAGACACCCAGGAGAACAGAUGGAGGGAGGAAGAGAGUAAGAGAGGGAUGGAGAGAACGGCAGAUGCCCCGGAGGAGAGGUCGCCACAGGAGCUCCGCUGGGCUCGGCUGUUUGGGGGGAGAGUUGGCGCCCCCACCAAGAGAGAAAAUAAACAGCAAGGCCCCAGCAGAGCCCAGAAAAACAGGCUACCGUCCCAGUGGCUUAGUUUGGAUGGGUCAGGACUGGAGUUCCUGGCCCAAAGCGUGUGGCCUAACCGGCGCCAAGAACCUCAUCCCUACCCCAACCAAACCCUCCACACGGCUGAGGGGAACCAACACCAACCCGAUCACAACCUUCAUUACAAUCCGUGAAAUUGAGGGUGAAGACAUAAACUCCACCCUUUACAUCCAUUACUGCACACUAAAACCACUACAAGGGGAACAUCUAGUGAUCCCUUAACCCCCUCCCCUGUGUGAUGGAGAAAAAUCCUGAAAGGGGGGGAAGCACAAUCCAUCAGGCCUGUGGAUUCAGGUACAAAAAAUAACGAUGAGCACAGAUACAGACCCAAGUCAUGUCAUUCAUUAAGAAGAAAAGCACAACAGACUCUAAUAUGGUCACCACCACCUUGUUUGACAUUUGAUCGUGUGACUGAGUGAGUGAGAGCCGAAUGGUUACUUUUAACAUAGAAAUUAAAUCAGUUUAUGUUUUUGUGGAACUGGAAGUGUCUGCCAUGUUUGUCAGAACAGUAGUGCUCCCACUGACAUAGCCCUGUGCUUUGUCUACCAAGCAGGAAACACAUAUGCCCCAUAUUGUGGCCAAACACCCCCCCACCCCCCGCAACACCUGAAUGCUGCCGUGCAACCUUUCCUUGGUCUCGUGAACAUGUCCGUCUGUGUUCCAGAGCAUGACAAUAUUCAUGUUGGUUGGCAUGUCAAAAAAGAACUGAUAUUUUUAGAGGUCAUGACAUUAUUUUUUCUGAACUUGCUCUGUAUUUAAGAAAGAUGAAGUGAUAAUAAAUAUGAUGAUAUUAAUGAAAACAGUUAUGUUUUUAGCCAAAGUUUGUUCUGGUUAUUUCUACAGUAUUGUACCCCCAUGGGGUUGGGUAGUGGCAGUCAUAUUUAAAAGCUGAUGAAUUAUGAGAUUGACAGUAAACAUGUGAUGGUCUCCCAUGGAAUAAAUGUUGUGUUGUGUGAUUUUUGAUAGAACUUUCAACCUACAGGAAAGCUAUGUCCGAUGAGUAUCAUAUGGCAAUACUGUAAUGUAUUUAUGGCAAUAAAGAAGUACUGAUCUCAA